AUGAACAUGUUUCAACAGAUUUUUGCACUAGGUAUUGUAUUGGGUAUUUGUGGUAUCACAUUCACUGAGACAAAUGUUAUACCUGCCUCAAAAUUGACAAAACCACAGUGCAACCUGCUAUGUGGAACAUGUGUAAGAUUGGGAAAUGCAACCAAAUGGAUCUUGAACCAUGAACCAAUUGUCCCAAUAAUCAUAGACAUCAUGACUCCGAUAUGCUACAUGCUCCCAAAGAAAGCUUGGAGAAUGAAAUGUCACAAUUUUACAGAUAAUGCAAUGGACAAAAUUCAUGCAUGUGUUAGGAAAAUGAAUGUUACACGUUUCUGUAGAAGUUUAGGAUUCUGCAGUGUAAAGAAACCAACUCCAACAGUGGAGGAAUGCAACUCAUGCAUCAGUGAGAAUAUAAAUUAUGCUAUGUCUCUGGCUACUACACCUGAAUUCACUAACAUGUUCACAGAAAGUUUAUGCGAGAACCAUGCAGCUAAUUCAACUGAGUGUGUCAACACAGUAAAAACGGCAAUGGACUUUCUACUACAGUUCAUCAUCUAA